AAUACAACUCUUGUUCGCGUCAGAAUCGUUCAUUGCCUGCCGGUCAGUUGGGAAUCGUUGCAGCAGCCUUUUGGGAGCAUUGGAUGAAACGCGCGCGCUCCUCCGUUGUUUCGGGUGAAAUUUUGAUAGGAGGCGGUUUUAUCGUUUGGUGAAAAUAGCUAGGCGAAGGACGACAAACUCGAGAAGCAAUCUCAAGAGUGUGAGUGGGAUUUUAAGUGGACUAGAAUUUUUAUGUUUUCAUUAUUGCGGAGAAAAUUUUCGUAAUAGAGACACAGCCUAGAGUUGGCAGUCACGAAGAGAAAAUGUGUCGAUGAAGUGUUUGUUUACAAAACAAGAUCCGGCGGAGAGGUUUUUAGCCGUUGUGAUCCAUAUGUGAACGAAGCAGUAAGAAUAGAAGCGAAUUCUUGUGUUAAGUGCCUUUCUCUAAUUUAUGACAAACAUUUGGAAUAGUUGGGAGAUAAUUGACGUUGAAGUGUAUUGCGGAGGCAAGAAAGAAGAGAAUCAAUGUUUGUGAAGAGAAGCUGAAAAGACCUGGAUAUAAAUCAUGAAGUCGCAAGUGGUCGUGAUUAUAACAGCACUGCUGGCGCUGAUGGUACCGGUGAUUAAAUCCAUCUCGUACUGCCCCAACAGCUGUACGUGCGAUGACGAGAAGCUGCAUGUGACUUGUGGAGAAGGAUCAUUGGACGUGCUGCCGAUUGCAUUGAAUCCAUCGAUCCGCCGCUUGGUUAUUAAAUUUCACAAGAUCAGGUCGAUUGACUCGUCGAUUCAAUUUUACUCGGACUUGACAAUGCUGGAUCUUAGCUAUAAUCAAUUGUUGAACAUUCCGGAUUCCAUCUUUAUGUACCAAAGGAGGCUGCUUCAACUGCACUUGAACAACAAUAAACUCGGCACAUUGAGCAAUAAAACGUUUGCUGGCCUGACGGACCUACGGGUAUUGAACCUGCGGGGAAAUUUCUUAGAUCAAAUUACAAGUGCAAUGUUUGAGGAGCUUCCAAAGUUAGAGGAGUUGAACCUUGGCCAGAACAGAAUUGGACAGUUGGAUCCAAAGGCGUUCGAGGGUUUGAGCGAACUGCGUGUGCUCUAUCUGGAUGAUAAUGCAAUCAAGACAAUACCAACGCUUUCCCUUACACCUCUCAAGACAUUGGCAGAGUUGUACAUGGGGACGAAUUCAUUGUACAAAAUCCAACAAGGAGCAUUUGAAGGGCUGCAAUCCCUGAGAAGGUUGGAUAUCCAUGGGUCAAUGCUGGUCAACAUAACUGUUGAUACAUUCCAAGGUCUGGAGAACAUAAGGUCUAUCGAUCUUUCGGAUAAUCAUUUGCUGAAGGUCCCAACGGUUCAACUGAGUAUGCUCAAACGGUUAGAAGACUUGGUCAUCGGUCAAAAUGACUUCGAGGUCAUCCCAGAGGGAGCCUUUUUUGGCCUUAACAAUCUGAAAAGCAUCGACAUCUCUGGAGCACUGAAUCUCAAACGAAUCCAGGCUGGAGCAUUUUCAGCGAACCCAAAUUUGGAAUCAAUCACCAUUGCAUCUAACAAGGAACUACAUGAGCUGGAUGAAGGUGCUUUCUCAGGAUUACCACAUAUCAAGAAGGUCAUCUUACGAGAUAACAAAAUUACGACGUUCCGUGAAGAGCUGCUGCCUUGGAAGCACCUAACUAGCUUCGAUGUUUCGGAGAACCCCCUCAGCUGUGAUUGUCAAAUGCUAUGGCUGCGAAACCUGCUCCAUCGGAAGAACAUCGAAUCCGAAGAAGCUCAGAUCGUUUGUAUCCAUCCAGAUCGUCUGCAUGGCGAGUCAUUGAGAGAAAUUUCCGCCGAAAUGCUUGGCUGUAAGCACUUGCAAUCCAAAGAGCGGGCCAUUUUCGGAGCCAUCAUCGUGGCUUCUGCUGCCACAAUUACAACCUUCGUGCUGAUUGUGUACCGACUGCGGCAUCGAAUUCUGGAAACCUUCCGUCGUCAUUGGCGAGCUAAUAAGCGCAACACUCUCCAGGAGGAAAAAGAUAUGGAGAUUCAGAAGACGCUGGGUGAAGGUGACUAUCAUCAGCCUCAUUGCAACAUCUACACCUACAAUUACCACCCGGUGUUCAGGAACCAUCAGCAUCCUUCCCCCCUUUACUCCGGCGGUCAGUACUCGCUGCCUUUCCCUCAUUAUCAGUCGCAGGGAGGAACUCCGCAGCCACAGUCUCACCAGCUGCACCAGCAGCAGAUGCAGCCUUUGCCUCAGACGCCGGCAUCCAGCUCUUCGACGACAUCCACGCUGGUCCUGUCGAGCCAACCGGGCCAUAGUGCGACCAUCUACUCGCCCCAGUAUGCCCAUCACAUAUACGAAGUUCCGAAGAACGUUUCGGAUACUUAGGACAACACAGGUAGAUUCCUCUCUCCCCCACUGUUGGAAGCAAACCAUAAGUUCGUUUAUUUCGAACGCACACGUGCUCAGAUCCUUUAUUGUUACUAGUGGUGUAGGCUAAGCGCAAACAGAUGUAAAAUUUAAUUAUAUAUUAAUAUAUUGUAUGGUAGGAGAUGAACGCGUGCGAGUAUCAGAAAUUUGUGGAGCAAAACGAGUCAUAUCGAGAUUUUUCAUAGUAUUGCAUUAUCUUAAUAUUUAAAGUCAUCAACACGAACACUCACUCAAAGGUGGUCCAUUCUCAUGUGAAAAAUCUCAAGUUGAACUCCCAAAUUUGUUUAUAAGGUCCUCCAGAAGCAAUUGAGGAGGUAACAAAAUUCGACAAGUCUAAGAAGGAGGAUCAACGAGUCUGAAGUUUGUGCAGAGAACAUUGUUUCGUUUAGAUAUAAUAAAUUACUCCUUAGAAAAAUUAUAUUUUCAAACUUGUUCAGACAGGAUUAUUGCAGUCUCUCCUUUAUUGAUUGGGGAAUCUUCAAGUCAUUAACAAAAGGUGCUCAUCGACUAAAACGCCACCUAUAAGCAAAAAUGCAACAUCAACAUGCAUUUCUCACUUUUCACAUACAAACUUCAAGCUCAUUGAACCCCUUCUUAGACUUGAUAGAUUCUGCUCAAACCUCCACAGUAACUUCUGCGUUCCGAAUGCACAAAUUUGGAAGAUGUAACUUAAGAUUUUAUGCUCGCUGAUGAUCAUGGUCCACCCAAACUCUCACACACGGCAAGUUGUAUAAAUUAAUUCUAGUCAAUUUGAGAAGCGAUCUAAUAGAGAAUAUCAAAGACUGUCCUUCCCGUAUGAACCGGUGAGGCAUCUCACAUCAAACAGGAGGAACAAACUCGCCCAGUUGCACGUUGUGUUUUUCGAUGGUCUGAUAGUUAAGCGGAAAGAUAUUAGCGUAUGCAGAGCGUAGCGAUAAGCAAAAAUCGGCAGGAGAUUUUAAGACAGUUUUUACAAGUAGAAACGAAAACAUCAAGUUGUGUACCAGUCAGAGAGCGAAGCAAAGCGAAAGAGAGUUCGUUUUAGAGUUUCCUUUUCCUUUCUUGUUGUGUAAAUAGUAUUUUUAAGUGUACAUAACUUGUAAUAUCACGAAACACACAUUACACACUCCAAAUCUCUCUCACACACAAACAAAGCUAGUUAUGUAUUUUUAUUAAAACGUUUUAUA